GCCCGUCUCUACAACUUCCGCCCUUACUGUUGUGACAACUUCCGCUGCUGGUGGUCCUAGAGGCGGAGUACGUCAUGGCGGCCGCCUCAAUGGAGACGGAUGAGCAAGCAAGAAUUCGAUUCCAGCUGGAGUUGGAGUUUGUUCAGUGUCUGGCCAAUCCGAAUUACCUUAAUUUCCUAGCACAAAGAGGAUAUUUCAAGGAGAAACCUUUUGUGAAUUACCUAAAAUACUUGAUGUAUUGGAAGGAUUCAGAAUAUGCUAAAUACCUAAAAUACCCACAGUGCCUGCACAUGCUGGAGUUACUGCAGUAUGAACACUUCCGGAAGGAGCUGGUGAACGCUCAGUGCGCCAAGUUUAUUGAUGAGCAGCAGAUCCUACAUUGGCAGCAUUACUCUCGCAAGAGGAUGAGGCUGCAACAAGCCCUGGCAGAACAGCAGCCACAGAACAAUACCAUUGGGAAAUGAAAGACAUCACCCCCCACCACAACAUGUCUGACUGAUAAACUUUGUCCUAAAUGAUCAUAUUCUGUACUUCAGGUCACCCACUAGAUAUGGGGUGAGACCGCGCACAAGCAUCGUGAAUGCAGCGUAUUGUAUCUGGAAAAUCUGUAGUGGAAAAUAUCAAUUUAAGUUUUUUACAAAUAGAAGUGAGAAGAUCUGGACCUGGCACCACUGGGUCAGCUUUGUUGGUUUCUAAAGAAGGUUAUUGACCUGUGGUUCUGUCUCCAUUAAAAGAAAAACUGAAUUUACUAGAUAGAACUGGUGGAGCCUGAGAGGCAGGUGUUAAUGUGUGGGUGGUAUUGAACAUUACAAUAUUUUGGAUUUUCCUUCCCAUCAUGGGAAUUUUCACAAGUAGGAAAGGAUCUUGUAUGAUCUUUUGAGCUUGAAGGGGUACUCCGGCGCUAAGACAUCUAAUCCCCUAUCCAAAGCAUGGGGGAUAAGAUGACUGAUCGCGGGGGUCCCUUGUGAUCUUGCACCCAGUUAGAAUCAGUCCCCGGAGUGUGUUCGCUCCGUCCCCGUGAUCGCCAGUAAUCAGACCCGGAGCGAACAUGCUCCGGGGACUGAUUUUAACAGGGUGCUGCAUGCAAGAUCAUGGGGGUCCCCAGCAAAGGAUAGGGGAUAAGAUGUCUAAUCGGGGGGCGGGGGCUUCUGGCUGCUGGGACCCUCGCAAUCUCUGGGCCGGCACCAUAGAUGCACUGAACAUGGGGGCUUGGGGCUUCCAAAUUUGUGACACCACACUGUUCCCAUUCAUGGAAGGGGGCAUGACUGCUAGUAAACAGCUGUCUCCCCCCCUCCCGAAGACAUGAAUGGAGGGGGCAUGAUGGCAGAGGUCGCCUAUCAUUCAGCACAGAGCUCUGUGCAUCGGAGUUCGCUCCAUGCAUCAAAUUACAGGGUGCCAGGGGGGGUUCCAGCAGUCGGACCUCCCACAAUCAGGCAUCUUAGCCCCUAUCCUUUGGAUAGGGGAUAAGAUGUUUAGGGGUAGAGUACCUCUUUAAAGCUCUCAGAAGCAGGAAAAAAAACAAGCAUUUGGGGACUAGAAUGUGCAGAACAAUAGCUGUGGGGAUCUGUAAAGUUUUGUUUUUCCAUAAGCUGCAGCUGAAUUAGUUGGACUUCUAAACCCUGUACAUUACAUGUUAUACUCAGUCUUUUCCCCCAACACUAUAUACAUAUCUGCUCUGCUCCUCUUGCUCUGUAACAUGCUGCUUGCAAAAUAGAAAACAUUUUCAAUGGACAGGUUCCCUUUAAAUGGACUGUUACAACCCUAUAUGAAUGUUUUCCUUCUCUUGCUGUUUUCAACAUUUAUUAGGUCUUUAAAAACUAGUUUCAAUAAACAAUUUUAAUAGAAAUCAAA